AUGCCCCAAACCGAGAUUCUUGAAGUAGAAAUAUUUGAUGUUUGGGGUAUUGAUUAUAUGGGGUCGUUCCCAUCUUCCAAUGGGAAUUGCUACAUACUCGUAGCCGUCGAUUAUGUGUCUAAGUGGGUCGAGGCCUUAGCUUCACCAACAAACGAUGCCAAGAUAGUCAUCAAGCUCUUCAAGAAGACCAUAUUUCCGAGGUUUGGUGUUCUACGGGCUAUUGUUAGUGAUGGAGGUAAUCACUUCCAUGAAAGACAAUUGGAUUACCUACUUAAGAAGUAUGGUGUAUAUCACAGAACCGGGCUUAGUUACCACCCUCAAACUAGUGGUCAAGUUGAGGUCUCUAAUAGGGAAAUCAAGGCGAUCCUAGAAAAGGUAGUAGCCAAGUCAAGGAAAGAUUUGAGUAUGAAGCUUGAUGACACACUUUGGGCAUACCGAACAUCAUUCAAGACACCAAUUGGUACUUCGCCUUAUAGAUUAGUCUAUGGUAAGGCGUGUCAUCUUCCCGUGGAGUUGGAGUACAAAGCUUUUUGGGCAAUCAAGGAGCUUAACAUGGACUCUAAGGUCGCGGGAAAGCUGAAGUCUAGGUGGUCCGGUCCCUUCACUGUCACAAGGGUGAACAAAUUUGGCUCGGUAGAGUUGGUCAAUGAUAAGGGUGAAGAGUUUAAGGUAAAUGGCCAACGAUUGAAAGUGUAUCAUGAGGAUACUACUAGUAAAGAUGUGGAGGAAACCUUCCUAACUCCACUUCUAACCUUAGCAUCAAGGUGGUCAGAGGGUCGUGUGGGACCUAGAUAA